GCCACGUACCAUGUCAACCAAGAAACGCCGCGGAGGCGACGCCCUCAAGAAGUCGACGAAGAAUGACGACAAGAUCCGAGUAGAGUACGACAAGGUGGUGUACACGACGGCGUACAAAGAGAUUGCGGCGACCAUCAAGCACGACUACCCUAGCAUCGAAUGCCGAGGCAAGGCUUACCCGUUGCGUGGGCACAAGCAGCAGUGGAUUUAUUUGCUCUACGUGAUCCAAUUCACGUUGGCCAUCUUGGUCACGUUUGCCGAGGACUUGGUGAAGCGAUACGAGAUUCCUGUCGAUGAUCGAUGGCUCGACUUGCUGCGAAAGAACCGGUACUACCUCAUUCCAGGCAUCAUCAUGUUGUCCCCGGUCCGUCAACUGCUGGCCAACUCCGGCGCGUUUGAAGUGUACUUGAAUGAUUCGUUGAUCUACUCGGCGUUGGACACACGACUACCCCUGACCGCGGAGAAGCUGUAUUCGUUGCUCCAAGCCAACGGCAUCCACCCCGCAAAGUAGAAUACUAUCCACGAAAUGUUAACGAUUACAAAUCUCGACGGCUGUUGAGUUCCCUUCUUGCGGCGGCGCCGCACUGCAGUCCCAAUUCAAUGCAUUUUCGCUUGAUUUCAAAGGGACUGUGUCCUUGAAGUUGUCGUGCGAGGCUUUCGAUGGAGUCACCUUGUUUCUGUCGCAGGAGACAUUCUUCGCCGUACGUAAAGCCUGCUGCCACGACCGUCGUUGCCGCCAAGAACAUCGCCGCCAUCACCAUCACCACGGCCUUUGUCCACGCCAUCCCGUUGAGAUUUGUUUCGAAAAAUGGAAACGGUCACUUAUGCUA